AUCGGGCGAAGGACCUGACAUGUGAAAGCUUGUGAUGCAAGUCUGCGCUCACUACCACGUCUAGAUCUGCUGUGCUCCAAUGAUCCGCGCAACACUCACAUUCGAAGCGAAGCUACCCAUAGCUCGCAGUCACAAUGUCGGAUCUGUUUAGGGAGAAACUGUCCAAUCCAACUGCGACACCGCAGUCACAACCACUUGGUCCGCCUGCGCGGCCCAGACCAAGUCCAAUCGCCACUCCCGCAAUCGGUAGCGUUUCCUUGAGCGACGAUUAUUCAUCCGACUCAUCAGCUUCAUCAACUGCCAGUGUGGCAACCGUGCGACCUUCGUCACGGGAACAAGCAGCCCCGCCGACACACUGGACACAAUACUUUGAGCAAGAAAUAUACCUCGAGCACAAGACGGAAGACAAGGAUGCUAGAUAUCAUGCAUACCUGACGCCCCCAACCGAUCCCCAUAAGGGACCUCUGUUCAUUUGCCAUCAUGGUGCUGGGGCGUCAGCAUUAUCGUUCGCUAUUUUCGCCAGAGAACUUCGUCAGAAGCUUCCUGCGGCGGGCAUUCUCUCGCUUUCUGCACGUGGGCAUGGUUCCUUGGUUAUAGAUCCCGCGACUAAAUCUGAGAUCCUCGACUUCUCAUUGAACUCCCUUGUCGAAGAUGCAAUCACAAUCAUCGAACUCGUCUCUGCGCAACAGAACUGGCCGAAGAUACCUCCAUCAGUUCUCCUAGGCCACAGCCUCGGCGGGGCGGUCGUAACAACCAUCGCCACCACGCACUUCAGAGCUUUCGGUCCCAACCUAAUAGGCUACUGCGUACUUGACGUCGUGGAAGGCUCCGCAAUCGAAGCCCUUACCCACAUGACAACCUACAUCGCUUCUCGUCCGAGCACAUUCAACACUAUCGAAGAUGCUAUCGCUUGGCACAUCCGAUCUCGUACCAUCCGAGAUCAACGCAGUGCAGAAGCUUCCGUCCCAUCACUGCUCGUUCCCUCACCAACGGGAACUGGAAAAUUAGUCUGGCGCACCGAUCUCUCAGCCACGCAGCCCUGGUGGGAAGAAUGGUUCAAAGGAAUGUCGGCAAAGUUUUUGACAGGCAGAGGAGCGAAGAUGUUGAUCCUGGCUGGUACAGAUCGUUUGGAUAAAGAGCUCAUGAUAGGCCAGAUGCAAGGCAAGUUCCAGCUCGUGGUACUUCCGGAGGCAGGGCAUUUCGUACAAGAAGACGUACCAGAGAAGACGGCGGGCCUAUUAGCUGAGUUCUUCAAGAGGAACGACAGGAGUGCUAUGGUGUUGCCGCCGAAGGUCAGCGACCUUAUUGCACAAGGAAAGAAAGUAUGAGAGGUCAAGACUUGGAGUCUUAUGCAUAGAGUCAAGCAGGGGAGAAUGAAAUCACAGCAUUGACAGAAUAUAGCAUCAUUGGUAUGGAGCAUAUGAAA